AUGAAGGAGAGAAGAUUGGUUAGUGCAAGGGGACGAGGGUGGAAGGAGGAAACAACUGGCAGAGGUAGAGAAGAAGUGGGAAGCCAUGGCGGUUUCAGCCUGCCUGAGACCCUGAAAGAGGUGGUUCCAGGUCAUGCCACCGGAGGUGGCUCGGUGUCUUGCGAGCUCUGCAGUUCAAGGGCCUCUUUAUAUUGCCAAGCUGAUGAUGCAUUUCUAUGUCGAAAAUGUGACAAGUUGGUACAUGGGGCUAAUUUCUUAGCACAAAGGCACAUUCGAUGUUUGCUUUGCACCACAUGUCAUAGCCUUACAGAUCGAUAUCUCAUCGGAACUUCAGUCGUGGUGGUACUUCCACCUCUUGUGUGUUGGAUAGAGAAAAGCCAGUGUAAUUCAAAUGUUAAAGCAAAGUACUCUGCAACACUGAAAAAGCCUUACCUGUUUCUUUGA